GAUCCCAACCUUAUUGAAGGCCUAACUAAUUUAGUAAUUUCAUCUCUUUCCUCUUCUCCAUCUAUACUUAAUGAAUCUCCAUGGCAACAACUGCUAUAAUGACAACCGGAGGCCUUCCCUUUAAAGCAAGGAGCUCCGUUGUUGUUCCCGUUCUCACAAUACCCUCCUUCGCCAUUAAGCCACCUUAAUUUCUCCCUCCCUUCAUCACUUCCCUUAACAUUUUCUUCUUCUUCUUCAAUUAAAUGAAAUGGGCAUCAAACUGUUUAUGAUCUCAUUCAUGGUAACCUCGAUACUCUUCUCUCUACUAUACAUCCCAACAAAACUAACCACACCCAUUGCCAAAUACAGCCAUGUUAUCAACUUGAACAUGUUGAAAGACCUCAAGCCAUAUCCAGUAACGUUCGCGUACUUGAUAUCAGCAUCUAGAGGUGACGCGAAGAGGCUAACGCGUGUGCUGAAGGCAUUGUACCAUCCAGGGAACUACUAUCUGAUUCAUGUGGAUGCAGAUGCACCGGAAAAGGAGCAUAGAGAAAUAGCUGAAUUUGUGUCCAGUGAUCCAGUUUUUGGCCUGGUGGGAAAUGUUUGGAUUGUCGGGAAACCAAAUCUGGUUACUUACAGAGGUCCUACUAUGCUUGCUACGACACUCCAUGCAAUGUCUAUACUGCUGAGGACCUGCAAAUGGGACUGGUUCAUUAAUCUCAGUGCCUCUGAUUAUCCCUUGGUCACCCAAGAUGAUCUGAUCGAUGCCUUCUCUACCUUACCAAGAAAUCUCAACUUUAUACAGCACAGCAGUCGCCUGGGAUGGAAACUGAAUAAGAGAGCCAAGCCAAUCAUGAUAGAUCCUGGUCUCUCCAGCCUGAACAAAUCAGAGAUCUGGUGGGUAAUUAAACAAAGGAGCCUCCCAACUGCCUUCAAGCUCUAUACAGGUUCUGCUUGGACAAUACUGUCAAGAUCUUUUGCUGAGUACAGCAUUGUGGGCUGGGACAACUUGCCAAGGACUCUUCUUCUCUACUACACCAACUUUGUGUCCUCCCCUGAAGGCUACUUCCAAACUGUAAUUUGCAACUCUGAAGACUAUAAAAACACCACAGUUAACCAUGACCUUCAUUACAUUACUUGGGAUACACCUCCUAAGCAGCACCCUCGGUCCCUAGGAGUUAAAGAUUACAGAAGAAUGAUCUUAAGCAGCCGGCCAUUUGCAAGAAAGUUCAAGAGAAAUGAUCCAGUUCUCGAUAAGAUUGAUCGCGAGCUUCUUAAAAGAUACAAGGGACAGUUUGCUCACGGGGGCUGGUGUACCAGGAGUGGCAAAAGGCAUGGAACAUGUUCAGGUUUGCAAAAUGAGAAUUAUGGUGUUUUGAGGCCUGGACCAGGAUCAAGAAGGCUGCAAAAUUUGCUGACCAAACUUCUUUCUGAAAAGAACUUCAAGCGGCAAUGCAGAUGAGAGUACUCUCGAAAUGAAAAAACAAGAAUAAAUGCGUCGUAUAAUUACUGGGCUGGUUGUUUUGCGAGAUAUAUUGAGAAAAGCUGAUAUAAGAUGCUUAUACUGAAAUCAUUACAUGUUAAUACCAGCUAGAGAGAAUUGAUAACAUUUUGA